CGGGGAAGGAUUACGUUGGGUGUUCGCUGCCGCUAGGCUAUAAAAGCGUGCCCCUAGCUGCGUACUGUGUUAUUCCGAUUGAGCAUCUGAGGAGAGUCUUUGGUGAUCGUUAGAGAACUGAGCAACCCGCCUAAGUUCACAAUGCAGAUCUUUGUGAAGACCCUGACUGGUAAGACCAUUACCCUUGAAGUUGAGCCCAGUGACACCAUUGAGAAUGUCAAGGCUAAAAUCCAGGACAAGGAAGGAAUCCCUCCUGACCAGCAGCGUCUGAUCUUUGCUGGUAAGCAGCUGGAAGAUGGCCGGACCCUGUCUGACUACAACAUCCAGAAAGAAUCUACCCUCCACCUCGUCUUGCGACUGCGUGGUGGAAUGCAGAUCUUUGUGAAGACCCUGACUGGUAAGACCAUUACCCUUGAAGUUGAGCCCAGUGACACCAUUGAGAAUGUCAAGGCUAAAAUCCAGGACAAGGAAGGAAUCCCUCCUGACCAGCAGCGUCUGAUCUUUGCUGGUAAGCAGCUGGAAGAUGGCCGGACCCUGUCUGACUACAACAUCCAGAAAGAAUCUACCCUCCACCUUGUCUUGCGACUGCGUGGUGGAAUGCAGAUCUUUGUGAAGACCCUGACUGGUAAGACCAUUACCCUUGAAGUUGAGCCCAGCGACACCAUUGAGAAUGUCAAGGCUAAAAUCCAGGACAAGGAAGGAAUCCCUCCUGAUCAGCAGCGUCUGAUCUUUGCUGGCAAGCAGCUGGAAGAAGGUCGCACUCUGUCUGACUACAACAUCCAGAAAGAAUCUACCCUCCACCUUGUCCUGCGACUGCGUGGUGGACUGUGAAAAUUUUCUUAAUUUGCACUUUGUCUCUGCAUGAUGAUUCACUGGUGUAUUCAUCUUUGUUUUGUAAUGAGUAAACUGGACUUAGUACCUGAAGCAUUGUAGAUAAUAAAGUUUUUGACUGACA